UUACAUCAUUAACAAGAUAAAGAUAUGACCACUUGCUAUGUUUCUUCUCCUCUCUAACACACAUCCUCCUCCUAACUUCUCCAUCCCUUCUCCACUAUGAUCAAGUACCAAGCAAUCAAUUUCCUCACACUGAUCACUCUCCUCCUCCUCCUCCACUCUUCAUUCUUCAUGAAAGGAGCGGUUUGUACAGGCUACUUUCCGAUGAUAUCAGUUGAAUAUGGACCGAUGAGUAACGUAUCGAUCAGCGCUGACAACAGCCGCCGCAUGCUAGGACCGUUCCAACUUUGCUUGGCUUGCAGGUGCUGCUCAGCCAGUGAUCCAACCAACUGCUCUUCCAUGCCAUGCUGUUUCGGUAUCGACUGCAACCUCCCCGAUAAGCCUUACGGUGUUUGCGCCUUCGUCCCGAAGACCUGCAACUGCACCUCCUGUGUCUAAUCCUCUCCAUUUGCCAUUGCUAUGCUAGAUGAGGUAGCUGCAGCAGGGUAUGCACCGGCUAACUAUAUGAAAAUAUCAUCAUGUUUCAAUUCAUGAUCAGUGUAUUGUUAACUAUAAUGGAUGGUUGAGAUUUAUUUGAUGGGUUAUUCAUACAUUGGAUUCUUUUCUUGUUAUGGAGUUGGUGAGCUUGAAAAUGGAAUUUCUUUCUGUGAAGCUGUCACAUUGGUUCGUUUCUUUUGGUUGAGAGAUAUAUAUAUAGAAUGAGUACCAAUUUGAUCUGAAAGUGUUA